GCACUGGCUGUAGACUGGUAGCACCGCUGGGGACAUGCUGGAGAACGUCGUGCGCGGAUGCCCGGACUCCGCGAACCAAAAAGAAAAUCGACGUCGCACGGUGGCGGCCUCCCGUCCGGGGGGCGUACUGUGGACGGCGCGAGGCUACAAACCGUGCUACCUCUGGGACGUCGGCGAACCGACCGAACGCGGAGUCGCCGAAUGCCUGCGCCUCUGCGUGACGGACUCGGGCAAAGACGACGUCAGAGCGUUCCGGUUGGGACGUGAUGACGUGCUGGUUUGCAACGUUCCCGAGACUCUUCGGAGGCUCGCAGACUUCGCCUUUAAAUUCGUCGACGUUUCGGCAGGCCUGCCCGCCCCGACGUCGCCGGCGUCUCCGCCGGAGGGCGUGCUCGCGAUGCUGUCGUCUCUCGAACGACGUCUGGCCGAAAUGGCCUCGACGCCUUCACGCUGCGACGACAAACUCGCCGAUUUGGAAGCCGACCGCGAGUGGAACCUCUGCACGGCGUUCGGCGUCCUCUUGGGAUACCCUGUCGUUUACUGGUUUGAGGGCGGCGCCGACGCCGGGAACUGCCUCGCCAUGGAGGAACUGAACGUCGUCAGAGUGCGGUCCGUAACGGCGACUGUCGGACGCCCCGAAGGGGCGCGGCGGACGACCGCGCAUGACGACGUCUACUCCUUCAGCUUCCCUGUCGUUCUCGACGGCGAGCUGCGACCGCACGUGGACGCCUGGUGGCAGCGACUGCGCGCCAGAGCGGCCGCUAAUGACUUCGAACUCGUCCGAGUCGACGAAGUGAAGCGCUAUCCCGUUGUGGCACUGUGACCGUCAAAUGACCUUCAUUCUGGCACAGUCAUGCUCCAACUUAUUU